AUGAAGGGCUUCUUUCACGUUCUCUUCUCUGCUGCCGCUUGCGCGGUAGCAUCACAAACAACAAAGCGGCAAUCCUCACCUCGGCCGAUGGAAAACCUUGGGCGGGGUAUUGUCGCCGUUCGUGCCCAAAACGACAGCGCUUUCAUCAGCUGGCGACUACUUGGUCUUGAUCCAGAAGACAUCACUUUCAACAUCUAUCGCUCAACGGAUGGCGCCGACGCAACCAGACUCAACCCAGAGCCUCUUACUGACGGUACAAACUAUUUGGACUCCGAAGCUGAUCUCAGCCAAUCCAACGAAUACUGGGUACGGACAGUCAUCGAUGGAGAUGAGCAAUCGUCUACCAAUUCCAGCUACACACUCCAGGCCAAUACCGAAGAAGAGCCCCUUAUCCGUGUUCCCAUCAGAUCGGGUAAUCAGAUCAAGUACGUGUGGGUUGGCGAUCUUGAUGGAAGCGGCGAGUACGGCUACGUCCUCGACAGACAUGGCGUUCAGCAAGGCCUCGAAGCCUAUCGCAGCGACGGUGAAUUUCUGUGGGAAGUGGGCAUGGGGCCUAAUAGCGAGAAUCAAAACAAUAUCGAACCGGGGUCAGCAGGCAUUGACGUCGGCCAUUGGGAUGGCGUGACCGUGUACGAUCUCGACAGCGAUGGAUUCGCCGAAGUCAUCGUACGUAUAGCCAACGGUGUUGUGUUCGGCGACGGAGCCAUAUUCGACGAGGGAAGCAACGAUGACGAGCAAUUCAUCGCUGUCCUAGACGGCCAAACAGGCACCCUUCGCGCGUCAAUCCUCAUCCCAAACGACUAUAUCGAGCACGGUCCUUUCGCCGCACGUUUGGGCGUCGGCUACCUCGACGGCACCACACCGCAUAUCGUAGGCUUCAUGAAGAACCGCCGCGACGACAGAGUCUUCAACCGGAUCAUGGCCGCCUGGACCUUCGACGGCACCAGGCUAACCCAGGAAUGGAUCUGGGACGACCAAGACGCCGGAGCAGGGUCUGACGGGCACAACACACGCAUCCUAGACGUCGACGGCGACGGCAUCGACGAGGUUGGCGAAAUCAUGUUCCUACUUGAAGGAGACGGAAGCAUGCGCUACUCGCUCACAGACUCGAGUAUCGGGCACGGCGACCGCUGGCAAGUCGCCAAAAUCGAUCCAGACAGACCGGGUCUGCAGGGCUACGGCGUCCAGCAAGACAACCCGUCUAAACUGUGGGAGUACUACUACGACGCACGCAGCGGCGAGGUGCUAUGGGAGCACUACGGCGACGCCGUCGGAGAUAUCGGUCGAGGCCUAGUUGGCGACAUUGAUCCCAACCACCCCGGCAUGGAGUCCUGGAGCGCAGGCGGAAAUGGACUGUACAACGCGCCCAGUAACUCCACCAUCACCGAUAGUAGCGACCUUUCUCCCUGGGCACAUCUAGGUCUCUGGUGGGACGGCGACGACACAAUGGAACUCUACAACGACGGAAGAGUGGAAAAAUGGGAUCCAGAGGCUCCCGCUACAUCUACCUCGCUACCCCGCCUAUUCAGCAUCAGCGACUACGGUGCCGUGAACCCCGGUGACCCCAAUCCAGCUUUCCUGGGCGAUAUAUUUGGUGAUUGGAGGGAAGAGGUCAUUACUACGAAUGAGAAUAUGAGUGAGCUGAUUAUCUUUACUACUGAUCAGCCUACGGAAAGGAAACUGUACACGCUGGCGCAUAAUCCAAACUACCGGAAUGGAAUGACGCUGAAGGGCUAUUUGCAGAACGCCCAUGUAGAUUACUUUAUUGGAAAUGGUAUGGAGACGCCACCGCAGCCGAACAUUCGGUAUAUAGGCGUCUGA